AUGCAUCGUCGACUGCUGACAACGAUGGGCGACACAAAUGCAGAUUUCUUCAAAGUGAACCAGUUGAAGUAUCGCAAGAAGAUGAUCAAAUUUGCUCGAUCGCGAAUCCAUGGUUGGGGAUUGUACGCAAUGGAGGCAAUUGCGCCAGAUGACAUGAUUGUGGAAUAUGUGGGUCAGAAGGUGCGGAAUACGGUGGCAGACGUGCGUGAGAAAGCCUACGAGCGACGAGGGAUCGGUAGCAGUUAUCUUUUCCGGAUUGAUGAUACCACAGUCAUCGAUGCCACUCGUAUGGGAAACUUUGCUCGUUUCAUAAACCACUCCUGUCAACCCAACUGUUACGCGAAAGUGGUUACGGUGGACGGUGACAAGCGUAUUGUGAUAUACAGUAAGACGCUGAUCAACAAAGGUGAUGAAAUAACCUACGAUUACAAAUUCCCCAUCGAAGAGGACAAGGUCGACUGUUUGUGUGGUGCUCCAAACUGCCGCGGAACUUUAAAUUAA